ACAAUUUCCACGCAUUAAAGACCCCUUUAGACCAAUAAUUGAAUCAUUUUCUAAUAUUUUAGUUUUUAAUACGUAUAAUAUUAAAUAUCUUAUACAAAAAAAGUUAAAUUAACUUUUUAGUUUUAUUAAUGAAUUGUCGGUAUUUAAAAUUCCGACCCUUUUGAAAGUCAGGGAAUGCGGCAGUGUCGUUGUACCGGGAGUUCGUCAGAGACGGCUGAUGACACCUGACGCCGCCUUUUACUUAAAUAAUCGGAACGUAUCGGCCUAGAAUUUUAUCUUUAAACAUGAUCCCGGAGCUGUCCAACCCCUCGGUGUGUAUGAAAGACCCUCAGCGGGUAAAAGACAUCCUGCAGUCCAUGGUGAAGGCUGGUUCUAACACCCUGCAGGUGAUUUCAGAUUUUGACAUGACCUUAACGAGGUUCUCACACAACGGGAAAAGGUGUCCCACCUGUCACAAUAUUCUUGACAACAGCAAAGUCAUCUCUGAAGACUGCAAACAGCAGCUGGAUCAUCUUCUGAAGACCUACUAUCCCAUCGAGAUCGAUUCUACUCGCUCCGUAGAAGAAAAGCUCCCUUUAAUGGUGGAAUGGUGGACCAAAGCUCACGAUCUCCUGGUGGAGCAGAAGAUCCAAAAGAAUCUGCUGGCGGAGGCCGUGAGCGAGUCGGAGGUCAUGCUGAGGGAGGGCUUCCAGCUCUUCUUCGACCACCUGCACGAGCACAGCAUCCCUCUGCUCAUCUUCUCCGCUGGAAUCGGAGACAUCCUGGAGGAGGUGAUCCGGCAGGCCGGAGUGUUCCACUCCAACGUCAACGUCUUCUCCAACUACAUGGACUUUGACGAGUCUGGGGUUCUGAGGGCCUUCAAGGGAGACCUGAUCCACAUUUACAACAAGAGAGAAGGAGCUCUGCUCAACACGGGACACUUCCAGGAGCUGCGGACGCGCCCCAACGUGCUGCUGAUGGGAGACUCUCUGGGGGACCUGUCCAUGGCUGACGGGGUCCAGGACAUGGAGAACAUCCUCAAAAUCGGGUUUCUCAACGAUAAGGUGGAGGAGAGGAAGCAGGCGUAUUUGGACUCGUAUGACAUCGUGUUGAUUAAAGAUGAAACCUUGGAAGUCCCCAACGCCGUUCUCCUGCAUCUCACCGGCAAUAAAUGAACAUCUCCCAUCCUGUGGACUCUCCGGGAUCGACUUUUCGUGUCUGAGUCCGAUCGGCUCCAAAACCUUUCUUCUCAACUCACAUCCUCACCGUGUGGCGUCCCAGCAACGCACAAACGCCACACGUCCCGCGUGUUUGUGGCAACAGAUGUUUUUACAUCUUUUUUAAUAAAAUGUCAUGAAAAAGUAA